AUGGAAGAAAACAUCAAACUCAUUGUCGAAGAGUUAGAGAAUGCUCCUUUCAAUAAAAAGUACAACGUGUCGUCCUUCACCUCAUUAAAUGAACCUGCCUUGUCGGCCUUGUUCCACGCCGUUCUCUCUGAGAUCGACCCAAACAAGUAUGGCGACGAGUGUCGCAACGACCCGUCCUUCGUUCAGAGCCAGCUGCAUGUCCCUCGAGUCAUGGAGCUCCUACAAGUCCUUCAAUACUGGACGGGGGGAACCACUACUGAACAUCCUGACAUGACUCACGAGGCUUUGCUCAUUCCUGUGAAAGAGACCGUUUGGGACAUCAUGGGCUGGCUUCUUUUGCGAAAAGAGAAAUUAAAGGAACGGGCUUAUCUGGCCCAGUUCCUCGUAAAAGUUAAGGUUCCAGAGGAAAUGCUCAUGGACGUGCGAAUGGCGAAUUGUUAUGAACAGUAUGAGAGACAAAUGGAGUUGUUCAAGGAGACGCAUAAGAAAUUGAAAGAUAUGCAACAAAAGAUGAUCCAGAAACCUGUCGACGAGUUGAAGAAAGAUACCGAGAGAAUUGAUCAUGACAUUGAAUGUCUCAGCAGAAAAGUCGAAACUGCCAAGAAUAAGUUUAAGGAUUAUCCUCAUCAUGCUGAGUGCUUAUUACAAGCCAGCUUGAUUCGCAAAGAGCGCAAAAUCAAGAUGGGACUCAGAAUUCAGAUUAAUGAAGAUAAAAAUCGUCUGGCUGACUUGGAAAACAAGGAGGAAAUUUUGUCCUUUCAAUUGAACGACUUGAUUGACUUUAACGAGGACAGGGACCCCGAAACUGCAAUGAAUCGUCUCGAACAGGACUCUGAAAUCUUGAAGCACAUCGUGGAAGAGAAACUACCACGUCAAAUCUUGCUCGCCAAGAGGAGGGUCAUGGCCUUGAGAGUCACAGAGUAUAACCCACCAACCUCAACUUUGGACUUACAAUUCCUGAAAGACAGGCUGCAGGAAUCCUCGAAACAAAUGUUGAAGGCCAUUAAUGAUUCUUCCACCUCAGCAUCUCCGUCUCAUGCCGUCCCCAUGUUAAAUUACGCUAGGGAUCAGUUUAUCAAAAGCCAUGAAAAGAAAAUGGCCCUUGUUCAAAGUCUCCAGCUAAUGAGGGGAGAUUACAGCGACACGCUGAAACUUUUAGAAGAGAGGCGUGAAAAACUAGGGACGGCUUGCAGCUCUUUCGGAGGUGGCGAUGACGACGCUGGAAGAAGAAGGGUCCUUCGCCCCGAAGGAUUCAAGUCCUACGUUCACUCCAUGCGGACAAAGACGAGUCGCUACAAGGAGAUGAGGUCAGAGUUGCAAUCCCUUCAGGCCGAGUUGGGAAACCUGUCUGUAACAAAAUACAUCUUGGAAGGGGAACUCAAAUACAGUGAGGAUGACUUGAGGGCGAUUGAAGAGCAACUCGGAAUAACCCCCACAACAGGACUUCAAUCAGUUCAGUCUCAGCUGGAACAUAUUUCCGAGACCAAGUCUCAAAUGGACAAGAGAAAGCUGGACGGAAUUCAUAGCAUGGCGAAUAUGGCGAAAAAUGUCAAUUCUCAGCUAACUGAUUCUGGAAAACGAUGGCGUCUCAUUCUGACAGAGGUCAACGAUGCACGAGAUGCGACCAUCCGUGUGAAAAAGAAUUUCGAGGCAGCGCGUGCAACGAAGGAGGCGCAAGUUGGACCCUUGCUCAGAGAAAUUGCAGAUUUAGAAAAAGUACGUCUCUCGGAACGAUCUUUGGACAACUGUUGUUUAUUAAAAACCAAUUUUUAG